AUGGAUAAAGAUUUCGAUCUUGAUUUGGCGUUAACGGUGGUCGGAAUUUCAGGCGGUGAUGCGGCUGAGCCACCGGCACCGCGGUGUUUCACGCCUCCCGAUGAUCACGACUCGAGUUUUCGAGUUGAACUGCCUAGUGUUAACUGUGAAAAUGGCCUUUGUAUAGUAUGUAUGGAAGGUUUUAAAAGAAGUAUUGAUGAUCAAGGCAAGAAAAUGCUAUGUGGUCAUGUUUUUCAUGCAAAUUGUCUCAUCAAAUGGCUCUCUAUUUGUAAUUCUUGCCCUCUUUGCCGUUAUAAAGUCUCCGCCGCUUAA